AUGAUGCGCCGUGGCUCUAUCUUGCUUUCUGCAGCAUACCCACCGGAGUGGAUUGCUGCUGCGAAGAAGGAGUUGAAGAACCGUGACCCUGCGACCUUGACAGUCCACUCUCCCAAUGGAUUUGACAUUAAGCCAAUAUACUUCCGUGAUGAUGUCAAGAGCCACCCAGCGAUGCCAGGUUUCUUCCCAUACACACGUGGUGUGCACUCGACAAUGUAUACUGGCCGCCCGUGGACUAUUCGGCAGUACGCUGGCUUCUCCACUGCUGAAGAGUCCAACAAUUUCUACAAGGCUGCACUCAAGAACGGACAACAAGGUCUCUCUGUUGCCUUUGAUCUGGCAACACACCGUGGCUAUGACUCCGAUCAUUCACGUGUGGCUGGUGAUGUUGGUAUGGCUGGGGUUGCGGUCGAUUCAGUCGAGGACAUGAAGCUGCUCUUCAAGGAUAUUCCGCUGGAGAAGGUGAGCGUUUCUAUGACCAUGAAUGGUGCUGUGAUUCCUGUUCUGGCCUUUUUCGCGGUAGCAGCCGAGGAGAGCGGUGUUUCGCAAGAAAAACUGCGUGGCACCAUCCAGAACGACAUUUUGAAGGAGUUCAUGGUGCGUAACACGUACAUUUUCCCUCCUACUCCCUCAAUGCGUAUCCUUGGUGAUAUUAUGGCCUACCUGAACAAGCGUCAGCCGAUGUUCAAUAGCAUCAGUAUCAGUGGCUACCACAUCCAAGAGGCAGGGGGCAACGGUGCCUUGGAACUGGCGUUCACCAUUGCCGACGGCCUCGAGUACAUCCGCUGUGCUCAGCAGCGUGGCUUGGCGGUGGAUGAUGUGGCGCCGAGAUUUUCUUUCUUUUUUGGCAUUGGCAUGGACUUCUACUGUGAAAUCGCGAAACUUCGCGCUGCCAGGACGCUGUGGGCAACGUACGUGAAGAAGAUGUUUAAUCCAAAGAAUUCUAAGAGCCUGCUUCUACGAACGCACUCGCAAACGUCCGGCUGGUCGCUGACCGAGCAGGACAUGGAAAACAACAUCAUCCGUACGACGAUUGAGGCAAUGGCUGCUGUGAUGGGCGGUGUGCAGAGUUUACACACGAAUGCCUUCGAUGAAGCAGUGGCCCUCCCGUCUAAGCAGAGUUCUCGUACCGCGCGUAACACGCAGAUUAUCAUUCAGGAGGAAACCCACAUUUGCAGCGUUGCCGACCCAUGGGGUGGCUCGUAUAUGAUGGAGGCGCUGACACAGGAGAUGGUUAAAAGGGCUUCUGCAAUCAUUGAUGACGUGGAAGCGAAGGGCGGGAUGACCAAGUGCAUUGAGGAGGGUUUCCCAAAGCUAAUGGUGGAGGAGAGCGCUGCGCGGCGGCAGGCGGCCAUCGAUUCUGGCGCAGAGACGAUUGUUGGUGUGAACAAGUACAUCAAUUUAGAUAAUAAGGUUCCUGAGACGCUUCGCAUUGAUAACAAGAAGGUGCGCGCAGGUCAGAUUGCCGCGUUGGAGAAGAUUAAGGCUACUCGGAACAACGCCAAGGUGCAGGAGAUGCUCAAGAAGGUGACGGAGGCUUGCAAGGAUGAGAAGAUCAAUAUUCUCGAGGUUGCCAUUGAGGCUGCACGGGUACGUGCGACGCUCGGUGAGAUUACGUCCGCUAUGGAGGAGGUCUACGGCCGCUACGUUGCAAAGAGCCAGGUAGUGCAAGGCGUGUACUCCAGCUCCUAUGUGAAAGGGUGUAGUAAAGAGGAUCAGAAUCACAUCGCGGCUAUCAAAGCGCGCAUCGACGCCUUUGCUGUGAAGGAAGGUCGUCGGCCGCGUAUUAUGGUGGCCAAAAUAGGCCAGGACGGACACGACCGUGGUGCAAAAGUGGUGGCAACUGGCCUUGCCGACAUGGGCUAUGAUGUGGAUAUUGGUCCGCUGUUCCAGACUCCCGAGGAGGUUGCCCGACAUGCCGUCGAAAACGAUGUGCACAUAUGUGGCGCUAGCUCACUGGCUGCAGGUCAUCGAACACUGAUUCCGCAGCUCAUCCAGGAGCUUAAACAGCUUGGUGCUGACGAUAUUAUCGUCACUGUGGGUGGUGUGAUUCCACCUGAAGACUACCAGGAUCUCUAUGACGCCGGUGUCAAGCUUAUCUUUGGUCCUGGCACGCCCAUUCCGAAGUGUGCUGAACAGAUGAUUGAGGUCCUUGAGGCUCGUCAGAAGUAA